AGUGUUUGGUUACAUCCCAACCUUAACAUUCUGUGGUUUACACAUUACUCCCACAUAUUCAACACUUUGCUGUAAAUGCAAUAUAUGAGGGAGAUUCAUUGGAAGCUGUGUUUUAAAAAAAGAUAAAAAUGUUUAAACGGAUAAACAGAAAGGGAUAUCCGAAACCUAUUUAUAUCGGAUCUGCAAUAGUGGGUACAAUAGGACUGGCUUGUUUGUCAAAGGAGCUUGUAGGUGGUGAAACUUAUAAAGGGAAGAAAGAGCAAAAUGGAAAAAUUGUAAUAGUUACUGGAGCUAAUACAGGCAUAGGUAAAGAAGUAACAGCUGAAUUGGCCAGACGAGGGGCAAAAGUUUACAUGGCGUGUAGAGAUAUGAAUCGCUGUGAGGCUACACGCAAGGAUAUAGUAUUGGACACAGGAAACAAGUAUGUUUAUUGUCGACCAUGUGACCUUGCUUCCCUUAAGUCAAUUAGUAAUUUUGCAACAAUUUUCAAGAAGGAAGAAAAACACUUGGAUGUUUUAAUAAAUAACGCAGGGGUAAUGAGAACCCCUCCAGGUUCGAAAACAGCUGAUGGAUUUGAAUCACAAAUUGGUGUCAAUCAUUUAGGACACUUUUUGUUAACAAAUUUGCUCUUAGAUGUUUUAAAAGAUUCAGCUCCCAGUAGGAUAAUAAAUGUUUCCAGUGUUGCACACCAGAGAGGUAGAAUAAAAAAGGAUGAUUUUAACAGUGAUAAAAGUUAUGAUCCAGCAGAAGCAUAUGCUCAAAGCAAAUUGGCAAACAUAUUGUUCACUAGAGAAUUAGCAAACAGAUUGCAAGGUACUGGGGUUACAGUAAAUGCUGUUCAUCCUGGUAUUGUGGAUACAGACAUAACUCGCCAUAUGAGUUUCUAUAAAAGUCGUAUAUCUUCUAUACUUAUAAAACCAUUUUUGUGGCCCUUUAUAAAAGAUUCGCGACAAGGGGCACAAACUGUACUUUAUCUAGCAUUAGAUCCAGAGGUUGAAAAAGUUAGCGGAAAAUAUUUUUGUGAUUACAAAGAAGAAGAAAUCAGUAAAGAGGCUCAGGAUGAAGAGAUGGCAAAAUGGUUAUGGAAAGUGAGUGAGAAAUGGACAAAACUUACCACAAUGUAAAUAAACAAAAUAAAUAAUAAAUACAGCUUGAUUUUAAUUACUGAGAGAAAUUGUUAUGAUAAGGUAGUUAACAAAAUUGAAUAGUCUUAAUAAUAAAAAAAA